GGAUGUCACACUCAAUGGCUGUCCUGUCUCCAUGGAUGUUGAUACAGGGGCAGCUGUGUCUGUCAUUUCAUGGACUGAUUUAAAGGCAUCGGGUCUGUCCCUGCCGCUAAAACCUACAAAGCUCACACUACAAACCUACAGCAAGGAACUACUACAGCCCUUGGGUUAUGUAAAACCCCUUGUUACAUUAGGCAACCGCAGUCAAAGUCUACGCCUUUAUGUUGUAAGGAAUGGAGGUCCUCCGCUGUAUGGAAGGGACUGGAUCAAAGCCCUGGGCAUGCCUCCUUUUACCAUUGCCCAAUGUACAUUGCUUUCUAAAGUAGACCAUUGGGUUGAAUCCCUGAAGUCACGUUUUAAAGAGGUUUUUGAGGACUCUUUGGGCACCGUAAAAGGAAAGAUGGCCCACCUCCUCUUGAAGCCUGGUGCUACACCUCGUUUUUGUAAGGCAAGAUCAGUACCUUUUGCCUUGCGGAAAAAAGUGGAAGCAGAGCUGGACCACCUAUUGGCUGAAAAGAUCAUAACGAAAGUGGAUAGAAGUGAAUGGGCAUCACCAAUUGUGCCUGUCAAGAAAAAGAAUGGAGACAUUAGGAUUUGUGGUGAUUUCAGGGUAGCUCUGAACAACCAACUUCUUGUGGAUCAAUACCCAUUGCCUCGACUUGAAGAUUUAUUUGGCUCACUGGCUGGGGGGCAAAAGUUUACAAAAAUAGACUUAAAGCAAGCUUACCUGCAACUGCAAGUACACCCAGAUUCACGCCAUCUGUUGACCAUUAACACUCAUAAAGGAUUAUUCCAGUAUAACCGCAUGGUUUUUGGCAUAGCCCCAGCUCCAGCCAUCUGGCAGCGGAUCAUGGAUGAGGUACUGGCAGGAAUACCUUUCACCCAAUGUCUACUGGAUGACAUGCUCAUCACUGGUCCCACUGAUGAAGAACACAGAAAGAAUGUUGAAGCUGUGCUAGAGAGACUCCAAAAGUAUGGUUUACGUGUCAAUCUUUCAAAAUGCGAAUUUCUCAAGUCUCAGCUGGAGUUUUGUGCCCACACGGUGGACCGACAUGGGUUACACACUACUGAAGAAAAGGUUAAAGCCCUUACCCAUGCCCCUACCCCCCGGAAUGUCACCCAGCUCAGGUCUUACCUUGGCCUCCUAAAUUACUACCACCGUUUCUUGCCGAACCUAGCACACCAGCUCUACCCAUUACAUCGCUUACUGGAUGCAAGAGCUAAAUGGAUAUGGACAGACAAAUGUGAAGAAGCUUUUCGGCUUUCUAAAGAACUCAUUCUAUCUUCUCGAGUUCUGGUCCACUAUGAUUUAAAGAAACCCGUCAUCCUGGCUUGUGAUGCCUCGCCUUAUGGACUGGGUGCCGUGCUUUCCCAUGUCAUGCCGGAUGGCACGGAGCGCCCCAUUUCUUUUGCCUCCAGGUCUUUAACCUCAGCGGAACAAAACUACUCCCAGAUUGACAAGGAAGCUUUGGCCAUUGUAUGGGCCACAAAAAAAUUUCACGCGUACAUCUAUGGUCGGGAGUUCACACUUAUUACUGACCACAAACCUCUGUUGUCAAUACUGAACCCUCAGAAAGGAAUUUCUACAACAACUGCAUCUCGCUUACAAAGGUAUGCUUUAUUUUUAGGAGCUUAUGCUUAUUCUAUCAGAUACCGCUCCCAUGAUACCCAUGGCAAUGCAGAUGCUUUUUCCAGAUUGCCACUAAGAGAUGACCACCCACUAAGAGAGACUGUAUGGCCAGAGAGAGUUUCAGGUGAAUUUCGUCCGUACUUUGCCAGAAAAUGUGAGCUUGUGACUAAUACUGGUUGCCUACAAUGGGGCAAUAGAGUGAUUGUACCCCAGUACUUGCAAUCAACCAUGCUAAGGAUACUGCAUGAAGGCCAUCCUGGUGUGGUGCGCAUGAAGCAGCGAGCCCGGAGCUAUGUUUGGUGGCCACAAAUGGAUACAGCAAUUGAAGAUUAUGUUGCUCAAUGUCCUGGGUGCUGUCAAGCCCAGCGACCCCAAAAGAGAGGAACCCUGCAACCUUGGCCAUGGCCAACAGAACCGUGGUCCAGACUCCAUCUUGAUUUUGCUGGCCCCAUCCAGGGUAAAAUGUAUUUGAUCGUGGUAGAUGCGCAUUCAAAAUGGCCGGAGGUUUUUCUAAUGCCUUCUAUUACCUCAGCUGCUACCAUUCUAGUCUUAAGGAAGCUCUUUGCUCAAUAUGGCUUGCCAACAGCCAUAGUCUCCUACAAUGGAACUCAAUUUACAUCGCAUGAGUUUCAAUCCUUCCUUAGUGGCUUGGGCGUCCAACACUACAAAACAGCUCCUUAUCAUCCAGCUUCAAAUGGGCUGGCAGAACGAUUUGUGCAGACAUUUAAGAAGCACUUACUGUCCACUCUGGACCAGGUUGGACUGUCAGAAGAGAAGCUGCUGGAAUUCUUGAUCAUGUACCGUAACACGAAACACGCUACUACUGGGCUGUCACCGGCUUUUCUUAUGUUUGGCAGGCAUCUCCGCACCAAACUUGAUUUAGUUCGUCCGCAGGAACAGUCACCAACACCUCCUCCGCCGGGCCGUCUGGGAUUCCGUGCCGGUGAUCUUGUAUGGUCUCGGAAUUAUAGAGCUUUGCCUCCUUGGCUUCCGGGCGUUAUUGAUGGAACUCUUGGCAGAAGAAUGUACCUUGUCCGCCUGGAGGAAGGCAUUUGUGUUCGGCGACACCUUUCACAAUUGAGGAAACGCAUUUGCCGGCCACUAGUGACAAAACCGACCCCUCUUUCUAACCACCCACCAGAGUCUACUCUGAACUCUGCUGGUGACAUAUGGCAUGGUAUCUGGCAUGAUCCCACAAGUUUACAACCAAACCCUGAACUGGUUGGUGACCAUAUUCCUGAGGAGCCCGGACAUGUGCCUGGAGUUACAGAGACUGAUUUGUCUGUGGGACGCCCACUGACAUCUCCAGAACCCUUGACUGACUCUAUCCCUCCCGGUGCUGUGCCUCUGCGUAAGUCUACCCGUCAAAGACAUCAAACGCCUCGCUGGCAAAGUGCUGAAAUCUUACGGGACACAUUGGAGAAAUCCGGGCAGGCUGAAAAGGCUGCUUGGAUUGCAACCCCCACCAUCCUCCCAGCCCCGGUAUCUGCUGUGGAACCGGGCGACGGAAGUGGGGAGAAAAAACACGAGGUGUCCAAGAUGGCGGAGGACGCCGUCCUCACUUGCAGUAGUGGGGGCGGCCCGAGAGAAGGAGGGACUGAAAAGUCCAACACGCAGGCAUUGAGGGCGGCGAGUUCGGAGGGUGGAGGGGGCUUUCCGGUGACGCGGCUAACCCCGCCCGUCCCCGCCGCGGUCCUAAACACGCUGAAUGGGUGUGUGGUGGACCUGCGGCGGAGUGACGUGGUGGGGGCGGCUGCCGUGGCCGGCGCUCCUCCGCUCUCUCCCAUAAAGAAGGCUCCAGGUUUCCCUGUUUUCUCCUCCGGUCCCGCUGCUCCGGUGGUGCCCGUUGCUCCGCCCUCCUGCGCCACAGUGUUGGUGGCGGAGAGCGGUGCUACGGGGGUGGUGGGCGGGCCGGGGAGCGUGUCUGUCGGUGUGUCCCUGGAUGAGAUUGAGAGCGCUCCUAAAGGACAAUUUGGGAGUAAAAAGCAUCGGCUUCCGAGCGCAGUGGUGCCACGGCACGGCGCUUCUCAAGAAGAACAAUUAGAAAAAAUUAGGGUCCUGAAAGAGGACCUGGAGGCCUCCCUGAAGCGGCAGGACCAGUUGCUGGAGGGCAGUGGGCCCUUCAGAGACAAGCUACUGAACGGGGAUCGAUUUAGGGAGAUGGAGGCUGCGAGGAGAGGGGAGCCGUGCGGGGGUGCGGAGAGCGAGGUGGAGGAGUUGGAAAACUCUGAAUCUCUGGCAUCCCAGGCGGGUCCCCAAACUUUGCAAUCUGAACCGGCCCUCCCGGUAACUCCAGUGACGGAGGCGUACAGUGGCAUUCCGCCAGAACAAGAACAAUUGCGCUUACCAGCGUUGCCAUCUUCAGAUGUGGAGUCAGCUAUGGAGGGCAGCGAUGAAGAUGGUGGUCUACUGAGAGAGAUCAAAAUGUUGGAGUCCCCUGUGGUAGACUUUCAGGGUUUUGCGUUCGGAGAGGACCUGCUGGACGAGGACGAGAGCAGUGGCAAGAAAAAGAGGAAGAGCAAGAAGGAAAAAAAAACAUCCAGACACGUAUGUGGGGUGGUGCUGGGGCGGUGUAAUGAUGAGGUCACCGUCCCUCCUACCCGCGGCGGUGAUAGUUCUGGGUCCCCGCCUGCAGCUGCCAACGUGCGGCGGGGAUCAAGGGAGGCGGCGGCGGUGAAUGAAGCAGGAGGCGUGGCCGGGGGUGUGUCUGGAGGCCCAGCUGCAAGUCCAUAG